UGUAUACAGACGUAAUAUUGAAAUAAACCAGUGCAGAGCGACACGUCAACAUAUACCCACAUAAAUGCUCACUAGCUUAAAUGCAUGACCUAAAAAAGGGGGUACAAAAUGACCGAAUCUUAAAAUCAUCUUCAUUAAAAAGGGCACUGACCCAAUUAUUCUCCCUCAAAAUGUGAUAUUAGAUACACACAAAGAUAUACACAUGCAUAUAUACAAACACCCGCUGCGUAAUUUUGAAAAAGAAUAAAAGUUACAUACGCAUAUAUACAGAUAUAUUUUCUCGUUAUGUCAAAAGGCCAAAUUCUGGGAUUAAGCAAAGUGGAGAUUACCACUUUUAAAUAAUAUUUCGAAUGGUUGGAUACUUCCCUUCGUUCGUUUCUAAUUUACUCAAACUCAAGAUAUUGCAAUCGAGAUGGCCCCAAAAUUUGUGGAUUUAAGCAGUGAUUCAACCACAAAACCUUCUCAGGCCAUGAGAGAAGCCAUGGCCAAUGCUGAAUCAGGAAACGAUCCAAUGGUUUCUGCCUUAGAAACAAAAUGUGCAGAACUUCUUGGCAAAGAAAAAGCAUUGUUUAUUCCAACAGCAACGAUGGGAAAUUUAAUGAGCAUCAUGAGCCACUGUCAGAAGAGAGGACUGGAGAUUAUAAUAGGAGAUAAGUCUCAUAUUUGUUUAUCUGAACAUGGCCAUGUUGCUCAGUUGGCUGGAGUUUUUCCAAGAAUCGUCCCCACUCUAAAAGAUGGAACUUACGAUUUAACCACAUUAGCCGAGACAAUAUCAACAUCAGUGGCGAAUGAUAUAUGUAGAACCAAAGUUAUCUGCCUAGAAAAUACUCAUAAUAGAUGUGGAGGGAAAAUUUUACCUUUGGACUAUUUACAAAAGUUGUACAAUCUAGCCCAAGAAAAUAAUAUAAAGGUUCACGUGGAUGGUGCACGUAUUUGGAAUGCAGCCGUUGGUCUUGGUGUUCCUAUUCCAGAGAUAACAAAAUCCUGUGACUCUAUCACCGUUUGCCUUAAUAAGGGAAUUGGUGCUCCAUUCGGGGCUGUUGUCGCUGGCACGGAAUCUUUCAUCAAAAGAGCCACACUAUGUCGUGCAGCCCUUGGGGGUGAUGUCUUUAAACUGGGGAUAGAGGCAGCUGCAGCAUUAUGUGGUUUAGAGAGACCGGAAGGAAACAUUCAGAAGGACCAUAUUCUUGCAAAGAGACUGGUCAAUGGUCUGAAAAAUCUUUCUUCUUCAGUGGUGACAAUAGAACCAGAGGAAGUCCAAACUAAUCUUAUUCUUAUUAAAAUCAAUAAAGAAAUGUCUUUCAUCACUAACUUAAAAGAACGUUUAAUGAUGACCACUGAAGCUGAAGUGAAGGAGCUGGGUAAGGAAAUCCGUGUGGGUUGUAAGCUUUUAGGUAAAGAUAUUCGGUUUGCAAUUUGCUGUAAUAUAAACGAAGAAGACAUAGAUGAUGCCAUCAAGAAAGUCUGUUAUGUCUUUAAUGAAAUUCAUUUCUGAGAGAAUUAAAGACUAU